GUAACCACCAAACAAUAUCCAAAAGAUAAGAACUUCAUAUCAUCGGAGAAACAUACAUCCACCAUGAUUCCCACCGGCGACGACCUCCACAUCGUCUUCCUCCCGAAACUAACCUCUAGCCACAUGAUCCCACUAGUCAACGCCGCCAGGGUCUUCGCUGCCCGCGGUGUCCGCUCCACCAUCAUUACCACCGUUCACAACGCCCUAUUAUUCCAAGCCUCGGUGGACCGUGACACCGCAGCCGGACACCCUAUCUCCAUCCACACCGUCACCUUUCCGUCAUCCGAAGUCGGUCUACCCGUCGGAAUGGAAGCCAUUAGCUCGGCUCCCACUCAGGAGAUCGCGGGAGCCGUGUUUCGUGGCAUGAUGAUGCUUCAACCUACAUUCGAACAAGUGAUUCGUGAUCUUGUUCCGGACUGCAUACUCUCCGACUUGUUCUACCCGUGGACCGUUGACCUCGCGGAUGAACUCAAAAUCCCCAGACUCAUGUUUCAACCUUCUAGUGCUUUUUCUCUUUGCAUUAUCCAUAACUUAAGGGUUCAUAAACCUCAUGAGAAUGUGAAUUCAGAGUCCGAAAGCUUCGUGGUUCCGGAUUUGCCGGAUAAAAUCACGUUGAAGAGGUCUCAAGUGUCCGAAUAUUUAAAAACCAAAACCGGAUUAGGUGACUACUUUGAACAGAUUUACGAAGCCGAGAAACGAAGUUACGGUUUGGUGAACGACUCGUUCUAUGAGAUUGAACCGGCUUAUGUAGAUCACUUGAAGAAGAUUAAAGAUACAAAAGUAUGGCAUAUAGGUCCUCUUUUUCAGUUUUUCGUCGGUGAGGCUCGCGACAAUGGUGUGUCGGAUAAGCAUGGGUGUUUGAGUUGGUUGGACGAUCAGAAACCGAAGUCGGUGAUAUACGCUUGUUUCGGAAGCUUGGUGAAAUUCCCAGAAGCUCAGAUUACUGAAAUCGCGUUGGCACUUGAAGAAUCGAAGCAGCCGUUUAUUUGGGUGGUGGGGAAGGCGGGGAUCGGCGGGUUGCCGGACGGGUAUGGAGAGAGAAUCAAGAGUAAAAACAUAGGUAUGGUUAUAACCGGGUGGGCCCCGCAGGUGGAGAUUCUACAACACCCUUCGGUCGGAGGGUUUUUGACUCAUUGUGGUUGGAACUCGAUGCUUGAGGCCAUGGUGUUCGGUGUGCCUGUGAUCACAUGGCCUUUCUUUGCGGACCAAUAUAACAACGAGAAGCUGGUGGAGCGAUUGGGGAUCGGUGUGGGAGUUGGUGCAGACGUUUGCAACUUGAGUUGUUAUACUGCUAGCCAAAUUAUUGGUAAACGCGGUAUUAGAGAGGCUAUUGAGCUUUUAACAGGCGAGUCUGUCGUAGCUGAACGCAUUAGACAAAACUCGAAAGAGUUGGCUAUAAAAGCGAAAAAGGUCGUCCAAGAAGGUGGUUCUUCCGUCAACGAUAUAACAGCUUUGAUAGCAGAACUCAAACACCUAAAGUUGACCCCAAGGUCCUAAUGCUAUAUAUGUUUAGAGUUUCAAACUCAAAGCUCACAUGUUCCAUGGUCGAUCUAUAUAUUUCUAUUGGGUCAUUAUGUUUGGGUCUUGAUUUUCAAAUAAUCGGCUUUAGCCGUUAGUCAGAGUCCGCAUUGUUUGAGUCUGCGUUUGUUAGGAUUUAUAUGGUGGAAGUUGUAAUCGUUGCUUAUUAUUAACAGCCUUUGUUUCAUUGAAUAACAGUAUCGUGAGUUUGUGAGCA